GGGAGCGCGCGCCCCCAGCCCGUCGGUCGGUUGGCCCGGGAGCGGCGCCGCCGGAGCGGGGCCUUCAGGCGAAGGAGGCGGGCCCCCCGCGGACGCAGCGCGAUGACCAAGCACCCCCCGAACAGAAGAGGGAUCAACUUUGAGGUGGGAGCCCAGUUGGAGGCCCGGGACCGAUUAAAAAACUGGUACCCGGCCCACAUAGAAGAGAUUGACUACGAAGAAGGCCGAGUCCUCAUCCACUUCAAACGCUGGAACCACCGAUACGAUGAGUGGUUCUGCUGGGACAGCCCUUACCUGAGACCCCUAGAGAAAAUUCAGCUGAGGAAGGAGGGGCUGCACGAGGAAGAAGGACCUUCUGAAUUUCACCUAGACGAGCAGGUGUUGGCUUGCUGGUCAGACUGCCGCUUUUACCCGGCCAGAGUCACCGCUGUCCACAAGGACGGUACCUACACCGUGAAAUUUUACGAUGGAGUAAUUCAGACCGUCAAACCUAUUCACGUCAAAGCUUUUUCCAAAGACCAGAGGAUCGUGGGUAAUGGUAGGCCUAAAGAGAGAGAUGCGGGCAAGCUUUCGUCCCCGGCCCACCGCGAGACGUUUAAAGAGCCGAGGAAAGCCGCCCCCGAGGCCAAGGCCCUGAGGGCCGAGCCGAGGCCCAAGCUCCCCGAGAAGGGCAAGGCGCCCGACAAGAGCCUGCCCCGGAAUGGCAAGGAGGACAAAGAGAACAUCUCGGCCAACGACGGGGAGUUCCCGCUAGAAGCGGCGGGGGCGGCGGGCACGGCGCAGAAGCAGGCGGACGAGGACCCGGCCCGGGGCCUGCCGGAGGUCCCGCGGCAAGCCAAGCGGAGGCGAGGCCGGCCCCCGUCUCUCCCUCCCUGCGUAGAGCCAAAUUCUCAAACUUUGCAGCCAAUAGCGUUGGAAUUAAGAAGACGGAAAAUCUCAAAGAGAACCGAAGUCCCGUUAAAACGGUCCCGGCCUGGCAAAAAAUCAGCUCGGGAGGAUUCGCAGAGCGCCCCGGGCCGCAGGGAAAGGGACGCGACCAGGAGACGCUCGUCGAGGCUGUGUCCGAGCGGGAACCGGGAGGCCCCGGCCGCCGACGCCGUCCCGGCAGGUCAGUUAGCGCCCGCGGCCGCCCCGGCCGCCCACUCGUCCCGGACCCAAGAGGUCCAGCCCCCCGGGGAUGGACCGGCGCCCUCGGCCCCGGGCCUGAGCUGCGGCUCGAUGGAAGACCGGGAUGGAGCCCCCGGCCCACCCUCUCCGCCGGCUGAUUGGCAGAUUUCGGCCGCGACGGGUUCAGUGCCGCCCGCCGCGCUGAAGCGAGCGGGCGACGCCGGCGGGGCCUUGGGCCCCGCGCCCGCCGGCCUGGACCCCCAGUUCCGCUGCCAGGUCCCGGACUGCCUGAAGGCCUUCCGCAAAGCCAAGCUGCUGCACUAUCACAUGAAGUAUUUCCACGGGGUGGAGCGGCCGCCCGCGCCGGAGGCCGGGCACGACGGCGCCAACCGCAAGCGGACCCCCUCCGGCCCGCCGUACGCGCCCCUUCACCCGUCCGCGCCGGACGAGAAGUCGGAGAAGAGGAGAGCGGCCACCCCCGGGUUGGACGGGGCGCCGCCCGGCCCCCGGCCCGCCCUCCAGGAGAAGGGCAAGGACGGCCAGGCGGACAGGCCGCAGCGGAGGCAGCAGGACAGAGACCGAGCCGAGAACGCCGGGAAGGAGAAGGAGAAGAGCAGAGAGAGGAAAUUCAGAGACUUCGUUCGCUUGAAAUCGAAGAAGAAAAAGAAGAAGAAAAAGAAAUGGACACCUGACUACCCCUGCAGCGACGAUACCGACUUCAGCCCGGAUCUGUCUCCCCCCAAAGCCCCGGGCGGCCCCAGGUGUGCCACCCCCCCGAAAGCGCCCGUCCUCUACAGCGCCGAGGCCGGACCGCCCCCCAGCAGAGCCAAAGUGACCGGGGCCGGCAGCGGCAGCGACUCGUCGUGCGAGAGCUUCCCCUGGAGCGACGAGGACACCGGCCAGGACGCGGACGGGUCCACCAACCCGGACGACGAGCCCGACGGGGAGGACGGGGACCUCGGGGUGGUCCGCUGCGUCUGCCGGCUCCAGGAGGAAAACGACUUCAUGAUCCAGUGUGAAGAGUGUCUGUGCUGGCAACACGGAGUCUGCAUGGGCCUGCUGGAGGACAGCGUCCCCGAAACGUACACCUGCUACGUCUGCCAGGACCCUCCAGGUCAGAGGCCCAGCUUCAAGCACUGGUACGACAAGGACUGGCUGAGCUGCGGCCGCAUGCCGGGCCUGCCCUUCGUGGAAGACAACUAUUCCCACCGCAACGCCCGCAAGAUCGUGGCCACCCAUCAGCUCCUGGGGGACGUGCAGCGGGUCCUGGAAGUCCUGCACGGGCUGCAGCUGAAGAUGAGCGUCCUCCAAAGCCGAGACCACCCCGACCUCCGGCUGUGGGGUCAGCCCUGGAAGCUGCGGGCGGGGGCCGAAGCCCCCCCGGCCAAGGAAGGAGCCCCCGCCUGGCGCGCGCUGAACGGAGGCCCGGCCGCGCCGGCGGAGAGAGCGGCGCCCCGGCCCGCGCCGGCGCCGCCGGCGGAGUCGUACAUCAGCAGCGAGCACUGUUACCAGAAGCCGCGCGCCUACUAUCCGGCCAUGGAGCAGAAGCUGGUGGUGGAGACGCGGGGGCUGGCCCCGGACCCCGACGGGACCCCGCUCGCCGAGAACGGCCACCACGCCCUGGGCCACGGGCUCGGCCUCGGCUGGGAGCCGCCCAGGGACAGGAGCCGGCCGGGGCCCAAGGUGCGAGAGUGCCCGGCGGAGCCGAUGCCCGCGGCCGCGGGGGAGCAGGAGGUGACGGAGAAGGCGGCGGGCGAGGGCGGCGGCGGCGGCGGCGGCUCUCAGCUCCAGUGGCAGUUCAACCUGCUCACCCACGUCGAGUCGCUUCAGGACCAAGUCUCCCACCGGAUGGAUUUCAUCGAGAAGGAGCUGGACGUCCUGGAAAGCUGGUUGGAUUACACGGGCGAGCUGGAGCCCCCCGAGCCCCUGGCCCGGCUCCCGCAGCUCAAGCACUGCAUCAAGCAGCUCCUCAUGGACCUGGGCAAGGUGCAGCAGAUGGCAUCGGGCCGCGCCACGUGAGGCCGCGGGGCCCCCGCCGCCGGGCGCGGGCACGGGAGCGCCGCGGCGCUCCCCCCCUUUCCGGUGACUCUCCCGUCCGGAGCAGCGGA